AUGGAAGACAUUAUCUCCCGCCUACAAUUAUUGCCGGUGAUUGAAAAACGACUCCAGGAGUACUAUCCAUUCAGUCAAGUUGCGCUUGUGCCUGAGACUACUCAUGCCGCAGUUGAUCGCUUAUAUUCGAGUUGGGCCUGUAGCCUCAGGCUAUAUAAAGGGAGAGAGGGCCUUGUCAUCACGCUAGACUUGAACUUAGGGGGCUUCUAUGCGCUGUUCAGUGGGGGAUUUGCUCGAAAAAGUUGUACAAAUGACCAAUUGUCGCGGGAUAACCUCUUUUUGACCCACCAAUAUGCCUGGAACUGCGCCCUCUUAACUAGUAACUGGUGCAACAUUCUCUCAUAUGGUUUACCAUGUGAUGCAAUCCUUUCAACGGCACUAGAUCCUCUUACCCAAGAUGUAUCAAGGGGAACAAAACUCCCCUCAAGCAUGAAGGCUUCUGAUCUUAUUCCCAAUCCUUCUGUCCUAGUGUCUCAACUUGAAAGUGUGUCCAAAUCCUCGCAGGCCAUCUCGCGCAAGCUUGAUCAUAUGUUGGAUAACGUUACAACAGCCAAUUCUACCAAGCCUUCUGACAGUUCUAAUUUUGAUCACUUGGACCUUGCAGAUUGGGCAAUUUAUUUUGGUUUAGGGACUAUGAGUGACGAGGGCAACGUGUUUGAGGACACAGGCAAUUUCACACCAAUAUGUUCCUAA